AUGGACGAGUAUACGGCCGACCUCUUCAUAUCUCGCGACGAUGCCUCGGAUCAUCAGCCCCAUGCGCAGCCACCUCCGACUGUAGUGGUUGACGAGUGGCCUCACGAUUCCGACGUCAGCGAGGGCACCCCGUCCAAGAAGUCUCCCUCCGGCCUGCGCUCGCGCAUCGCGAAUAACCUCAGCAAGAAGACGAGCAUUCAAGAUCGUCUAGUCGAGAGGCUCCUCCAACAGGUCAUCCCCGAGAGCUCUGAUGGCCUCACAAGCGGCGGCGACGAUCCCCUCGCCCCGGGCUUCUCCCCGGACAAGACGAGCACCUUUUCCGAGCGGCCCAACUUCAACAUCACCACAAUGUCCAACAAUUUCCGUCGCUUCAACGCCCGCAUCGGCGUCGUCUUCAAGUUCCAGGCCCGCGUCGUCCGCCUCCUCAGCUGGCGCCGCCCAACACACACCCUAUCCCUCCUCGCCGUCUACACAUUUGUCUGUCUGGACCCGUACCUCUUAACCGUCGUGCCCCUCGCCGGCUUCCUCCUCGCCGUCUUCAUCCCUUCCUUCCUCGCCCGCCACCCGGCUCCGCCCUCCGGCACCCUAUCCUCGGAGCAAUCAGUCGGCUACUCCCCAAAAGGUCCGCCCCUCGCCCCCGCCCGGACUGUGAAGCCCGUCAAGGAGCUUAGCAAGGACUUCUUCCGCAACAUGCGCGACCUUCAAAACUCAAUGGACGACUUCUGCGUCGCCCACGACGGCGUUGUCGCCACCGUCCUCCCCAUCACAAACUUCUCCAACGAGGCCCUCUCUUCGGCCCUCUUCCUCGCCCUCACCCUCACCACGGUCCUCAUGACCACCUUCGCCUCCCUCCUCCCCUGGCGCCUCAUCGCCCUCCUCGCAGGCUGGGCCGCCAUCCUCUCGGGCCACCCGGCCAUCGCCCCUCUGCUGACGCACACCCACGACACCCACGUCGCGCCCCACGAGGCCCAAGCCCGCUCCAGCGUGGACGCCUGGAUCGCGGGCGACAUCAUUCUCGACUCGGCGCCCGAGACGCGCGAGGUCGAGAUUUUCGAGCUCCAGCGCGCGUCCCACGAUGAGUGGGAGCCCUGGCUCUUCUCACCCUCCCCCUACGACCCGCUCUCCCAGCCCCGCAUCGCCGGCGAUCGGCCCCGUGGCACGCGCUUCUUCGAGGACGUGUUACCGCCUGACGGGUGGGUUUGGUCCGAGAAGAAGUGGGCGCUGGACCUGUGGAGCAGGGAGUGGGUGGAGGAGCGCAUCAUUACGGGCGUCGAGGUCGAGACGGAGGGGGAGAGGUGGGUUUAUGACAUGUUUGAUGAGAAUAGUGCUGCUGGCGGCGGCUUCGGGGGCCCGGUGGACUCGUCGCCGACAACGAUGGGGAAGGGGAAGGCGAGAGUUCCUAGCGCGCCGCUCUCGGGAUGGGAGGAAGGGGAGGACGGGACGGGGAAGAGGGGGGAGUGGAGGCGGCGGAGGUGGGUUAGGCUUGUCAAGAGGCGGGCUACGAUGAGUACUGCUUGA